AUGCACUCCCUUUUCUCUCUUCUGGCUUUGAGCUCCGUUGCUGCUGCCUUGACUACCACAAAGUCAAUGGUAUGUAAUGCCGACCUUUGCCUUCGCUCUAUUCGUGCGACAAACACACCUGGUCGUCUCGCUCAGGGUGUAGCCGAUUGUAGCAGCUUUCUUCGAGCUACCGUAACUCCAGCCACGUAUACUUCGACAUCAACAGUGACGGUCGAAAGUGUUAGUGUCACCACAAGCACUUCAACCAAUACUGGAACCGUAUUUACUACACAAACGCUGUACAGUGUGUUCGGUGGGAGCGUCAUCACUCCAGCACCGAGAGCAACAGUUCAGAAACGUGAUCUUCGCAUUGCUAGUCCAAACACUGUUUCUGACAAGAUCGUUGCUGCUUUACCUGUCCCAAACCUCGAGAAGAGACAGCAAACGGUCAGCCCAUCUGUGAUUCCAGCUUAUGCCUCUCCCUGCUCUGGCGCAGUUCGUUACUCGAGCGCAUGCUCGUGUGUAGGAGCUACGGCGACUACGAUCACUGCGGCUACCCCGACAACAGUAUUCAUUACGACCAUGACGACCAUCUCUGUUUCUACUGCAAUAGCUAGCGCUACCACGACCACCACGAUCACGGUCCAGACUACAUCAGCCGUCUGUGUUCCACCAUCCUACGGUUACGACUAUGUUGGUGGUUACACAUCUUCCGGUCCAGGUCAGGGUAAUAUAGGCGCAACCUUCCCAUCAUUCCCCGAUAUCAACGACCAACAGGGAUGUUGCGCCAAAUGCUUUGAGACACCCAACUGUUUCAUCUACUAUCUGAGCGGAGGAUGUUCAUUGUACGUCCUCAACUCUGCCCCAGUCACAAGUGGUUCAGACCAAUGUCCUGCUGGUGUGGCUUUGGAAUAUACGUCCUCGGGGAAUUUGUUUGGGCUGGGAGCUUGUGCAGUCUACGCGGGCUCGGGAUGA